CCACAGCUGCAUAUUUUUAGUGACAUUCCUCUUUAUUUAUCAACAUUGUGGGAACCUAUACAGAAUCAAUAGAGUGGGUGCAGUAACAUUUCUUGUGUAAUAUGAACCGCGGCUCCUAGUUUCGGAUAACAGCCAAGACCAGAAGUAAACAUAAAGCACAAAGUCUAAAGCAAUAUAUCGGCACAUCACACAGCAAUAUAUCGGCACAUUACCUCCGAGCCUGAUGGAUUCCAUAAAAGGAAAAUCAGUCGUCGACCUGAAUAGCGACUGCAUAAUGCAUUUAUUCAUGUUUCUCCCGCUAACCGAUCGAUUACGUCUGGCGUUCGUAAACAAUUUAUUCGACGAAGCAAUCCGUCACUUCAUCCAAUUCGACAAUAUCUCAAUGGACGAAUUAAUUGAAAACUUCUCCACACAACAAGUUGAAGAAUUGUUUCAACGCUUUGGAACCCACAUCAAAAAGAUCAAUUGCUUCCUCCAGAACCAAGAAAAUGUUAACUUGCCGAGCGAAUCGAUAAGAAAAUAUUUCAAAUCCAUAUCCAACCAUUGCCACUGUAUUGAAGAGAUAGUCAUACGUUAUCCAUGGAUACCGGACUAUUCUAUAUAUGAACGCAUUUUCCAAUCUGCCAGGAGGAUAUCGAAGGUAAACGUUGCUUAUGGCGAACGAUUGCAGGGAAAAUUUUUUUCUCCCAAUGAAUUCGAUUCGCAGCUAUCAAGACUUUUUCAGGAUCUGCCCCUGAAAUCCUUGGAUGUAUCACAUCAAUGCGAUUUAAUAGGGAAAUUCCUGCCGAAGCUGAAACAUCUCACUGAAGUCAACUUAGAAUACUGCGCGCUACUAGAACCCAAGCACUUAACAGAUUUCCUGAACGUUGCGAAGUUGAAAUCCCUUAACAUUGUCAAUUGUCCGAAAUUAACAGGAUCAACUUUCGAGACCUUGUACAGAACACAAACAGAGCUACAAAGCAUUGCCAUUAGCAACAAUUAUAGUCGGUGCCAUUUAGAGGUUGUUGGACGAUUGGAGGCCCUUCGACACAUCCGGUUCGACGACCAUAGCGAUGAGAUGCUGAAAUUACGAGAACUACUCAAUGAACUCGUUCAACACCAUGCGAAUGAUCUGGAGACCUUAGAGAUCUACAAUGAUUUCACCUAUCGUCAACAAAGUGCAAUUAUUUUACAAACAAUCUCCGAACUAAAAAAUCUAAGGAAGCUCGUUCUACCUGAUAUCGAUCCAGACAGCGAUGACGGCAUUAAGCGUAUAAUAAAAAAAUGCCAUCAACUGGAGGAGCUGAGUAUAGUAUCCGAGAACGGGUUGUGGGCGAAAGAUGAGACCCUACUGCUAAUUAUUGCAGCAAAGCAUCUAAGCCACUUGCGGAUCAUAUCUAAAUUUCAAAUCAAAACGACUUUAUUGAAGGACUUCUAUCAGAUUUUAAAAGCAAAAAACUUGCCACUCGAUAUGUACGUUGAUGAAAGGAACAUUGAUGUGAGCGUGUUGAAUACACCAGAAUAUAAGGAACAUGAGAAGCUCCUAAGAAUACACGUGAACGAAGUGAAUAUCGAUGAUAUCCUGACGAAUUCAUAUUUGUUUUAAGUGGUGUGGUGUAUGCAUCUAAUACGCACAUAAUACUUUGUAAUGUGACGUAUGUACGCAUGGACAUUUGAGUGAACGUGAGCUUCAAGGAUUAACUAGUAUCCAUAAAUAUAAGCCACUUCAAUGGACGAACUGUGAACAAGGGUAUCAGGCUAAUUCCCCAAUGGAGAUACCACCAGGCGGAAGGGCUUGCUGUGUUGGCCAUACUACAGAGCCUUGAGAGAUGAUGAUCACCUUAUGUUAGGUAAAUCAAUCUUUGCUAAGUGUGAGAUGAUGUUUCGCUCAGUUUAAGAGCUACGAACUUUCGAGUUGCCAUUGAGUUGCAUAGAAUAGUUGAUUGAAUCGGAGAAAAUAAACUUUCUAAAAUUUUUCUAGAAUAUACCGUUUACAUGUAUUGUUUUUCUAUAUAUUUUUAAGCGGAAAAAAUUAUAAUAAAAUAUUUUU